AUGAAGAGAACCUGGGAUGCGUUUGGACAUGACGAACCCGAGUCUUCUGUUGCCCGUCGGAGCAUCGAAGGUCCCGGGAAUACCGAUGGGCUGUCAAUGCCUAGCGAUGAGAUACAAUCCUGGUCGGAGAUGCUGACUUCAGUGCUCGGCGUCAAAGACACAAGCUCUGACGACGACCAUGAGGCGUUUCCUGAGGGUCUUACUCAAAAAGGUGGUGUUUUGUCGAAUGUCGACUACGUCUCCGAGUCCACCCUGGAGCAGUCAGCAUUAGCCCACGUCGGACGACAAAUCGAAGCUUGGGCCGAGACAGCGGUUAGCUCACUUCAAUCUGAUCAGGAUAUCGGCCUUGAGCCUCCCUCCAAGACCAGUCAGAUGCCUCACUCGAUGACGGAGGACAUUCAGUGUUUCGGAAUGAUCCAUGGUUGCGAGACACGCCUUGUCAACAGUAUGCAAGACUUGAGUGUUCGUCUUGGUAGGAUGCCGUCUGAUGACCGAUGGGUCACCUUCCAUAUUUUGUUCGGGCAGACAAUCGUCCAUUUGGUCCUCGAAGGCUACAACGAGCAGCCAUUCGGUCAGGUCAGAGACGGUCUGUACAAUCCUCUAAGUGCCAUCUACAAGUUGACUGGAGUCAGUCCAAUUGCAUAUGUGCCCAAAGAAGACUGCUUGAGGGUCAUCAACCGGGCCAAGAAGCAGCGUGAUGCUGAAGUCAAUGUCGACAUUAACGUCUACGGACCUGCAAGUGCUUGCUCCGAGGUGGGCCGGAUUCUGUCGCUGGAAAGAUUAUAUCUUCAACAUCCAAGACAUAGACACGCUGGAUUCUCAUACCAAAAUCCACAUAUGCUGGCAUACAAUGACAUUCAGGUACCGGAACAGUCCGAUGACAGACUCAGUGAGGCGUCACAAAACGGUGCUGUCAGAAAUGUACAGCAGAUUAUUCUCGAUGUAUGCAGCGCGGAGACUCAAGAUCAUGACUACCAAGUCGACAUCGACGAUGUUCUUUCAAACACUCGACUGUUUCCCCACCAGGCAACAGCUGUGCAGUUCAUGAUAGAGAGAGAGCUGGGCCCGAUCCCAGAAGAUCGGAAGCUCUGGCAGUAUAAAGUGGAAGAAAACCGGGUCAGAUUCCAGCACGCUGUCACUGGAUCCUGGACGGCGGUUGCCCCGUCAGAGAUCGGAGGUGGAAUCAUUGCGGAUGAUAUGGGCAUGGGUAAGACACUCAACGUUUUGAGUGUGGUUGCGAAAACUCUCCCUGAAGCCCGAAACUGGGCGCAAACAGACAAGGAAGGUCCGGGUGACUUGGAAGGUCGCACAAUGCGUUCAAGGACAACUUUGGUGGUUGUUCCGUCGCUAUUGAUCAUGAAUGGGUGGCAGGAAGAGAUCGAAACAAAACUAAAUACCUCCCUCAACUAUUGCAGGUACCACGGACGAGGACGCAGGUUCCACCGACAGUCAAUACUCGAUACCGAUAUCAUAUUGACUACAUAUCACACUCUGGCCGCAGAGCGCAAAUCGAAGAAACAUCCUUUGAGAUCGAUCAAAUGGUUCAGAAUCGUUCUAGAUGAGGCCCACACAAUUCGGCGCCAGGCCACAGGACUCUACCACGCUGUCGUGGAGCUAGGGGCCCGUUACCGAUGGUGCCUCACAGGUACGCCAAUACAGAAUACGCUGGAUGAUCUGGGAGCUUUGCUCGCGUUCAUACGUGCAGAGCCUUUUCAUAAUAGCUCGGUUUUUCGCAGGUUUGUUGUGAUGCCAUUCUCACAUAACAAUGAGGAGGAUGUCAAUCAAGCUAAGGCCAAGCUUUCACUAUUGCUGAACUCGGUAUGCAUACGGCGCAGACGAGAACGACUGGAGCUUCCUCCGAUGAAGGACGAACGGCGCAACGUGCAACUCUCAGACCAAGAACGACGCCUCUACGAAAGGACUAAGGACUCCAUGUCGUACAUGCUUUCGCAUGGGCUGCGAGACAAGUAUUCCGGCACCCCUUUUGGUAAAUUUCAAAUUCAGCUCCAAUUACGUCGUCUAUGCAAUCAUGGCACUUUCCAAAGGCCAUUUGUCGGCCACAACGACGACAUACAAACUCAACGGGAAGAAAUACUCAGUUCUAUUGGCAAGGAUGGCGAGGUCGAGUGCUCAUCCUGCCACGAAAAGACCCUCAUGCUGGCGACGAACUGGGCUGCCGUUCGCCAGAAUCCUUCAUGCAAUCACAACUUUUGCGACGAGUGCCUCGCACAGCUGUCAGACCAGGGACAAGAAGCACUGAGGGCAUCUGUGUGUCCAUACUGCGCAAACCAAGAGUCUUCCACCCCAUAUUCUUCGAUCUUGAAGCGCGGAGCUUUCCCGCACCCAACACCCGGAUUUCUUACCAUGGGACAUUCUUCAAAAAUGGAGGCUCUUGUAAGGGAUGUUCAAGAGCGGAUCCAGGAGACCAAAAGCAUCGUUUUCUCCACGUGGACAAGGUCUCUGGAUCUAGUCGAACUCCACCUGAAGAAGGAGAGGAUACUCUUCACCAGAAUUGAUGGAGCUACCGAACCCAACAAGAGGCAAAAGAUUCUCAAUGAGUUUGCUAAAAGCAAGAAGGUCAGAGUCCUCCUGAUGACCACCGGGACUGGUGCAUAUGGCCUGAAUUUGACGGUUGCGAACCGAAUCUUCAUACUUGAGCCGCAGUGGAAUCCUAGCAUCGAGGACCAAGCAAUCGCCCGGGCACAAAGACUCCUUCAGGAGCAUAGCGUCCAUGUCAUCCGAUAUGUCGUCCGUGGUACAGUGGAAGAGGACAUCAAGAAGCAACAACAAUCGAAGAUUGAUGUUGCCGAAAUGGGAUUUCGUGGUCUCUAG